CUACCCUCCCCAUUUCUGUUUAGGGGUUAAGGACCAAAGAGAAAUUUUAAACAUCCUGUUUUUCACUCAGGUUUGAGUUAGCGUUUGGAAGAGUCACCCUGCUUUUAAUUUUGGUAAAGCUGAUAUUUCACAAUGUCGGCUGGUGACUGGUGUCUCAUUGAAAGUGAUCCAGGAGUAUUUACGGAGUUAAUAAAUAAGUUUGGUGUGAAAGGAUGUCAGGUGGAGGAAUUGUGGAGUUUGGAUUCUGAUCAGUUUGAAAAUCUGAAGCCUAUUCAUGGACUUAUCUUUUUAUUUAAAUGGAUUAAAGAUGAAGAGCCAUCUGGUCCUGUUGUUUUGGAUACACGUUUGGAGAAAAUAUUCUUUGCUCAACAAGUCAUAAACAAUGCUUGUGCUACACAAGCAAUUAUCAGCAUUUUGUUGAAUUGCAAACACCCUGAUAUUACCUUGGGAUCGACUCUUACAGAAUUCAAAGAUUUCUGCCAGACAUUUGAUGCCAACAUGAAAGGUCUUUCUCUUAGCAAUUCUCAAACCAUACGAACAGUACAUAAUUCCUUUGCAAGGCAGAAUUUAUUUGAAUUUGAUAGCAAAGCUGCCACCAAAGAUGAUGAUGUUUAUCACUUUGUCAGCUACCUGCCUAUUGAUGGUCGACUCUAUGAAUUGGACGGCAUUAGAGAAGGGCCAAUUGAUUUGGGACCAAUACCUGCUGAUAAAGAUUGGUUGGAUAUUGUGCGGCCUGUCAUUGAAAAGAGGAUGAAAAAGUAUAGUGAAGGAGAGAUAAACUUUAACCUGAUGGCUCUCAUCUCAGACCGCAAGACCAAAUACGAAAAGAAAGUGGAGAAGAUCGAGAAACAAAUUGAAGAAGGAGGGAUGGAAACUGAUAGCCAGCAAGCAGAACUUUCCAGACUGCGUCUUCUGAUUGAAGAUGAAGAUCGUAAGAGAAAACGUUACCAAGUAGAAAAUGUUCGUCGAAAGCACAAUUAUCUGCCGUUAAUUGUUGAAAUGCUUAAAGUAUUGGCUAAGGAAGGGCAGUUGUUGCCAUUGUAUGAGAAAGCUAAAGAGAAAACUAAGGAUAGAGUCCAAAGUAAACAGAAGGCCAAAGCUUAAGCCUUUUCAUUCUAAAUGUAAUCAUAACUAUUACAAUGUAAUAAAAUAUAGUGGAAAA